GGGACGUGUGUUUUCCAGUCCAUCAGUCAGACGCAGUCUGUCCGGUUGGUGGCGCUCUUGCUGUAUCCUCCUGAACAGGUGGAGUCUAAACAUUUGGACCGCUGGGUCGGGCUUUCAUUCGGCUCUGGAACCACAAACGGCGCACAUGAAACCUCCAGGAAUGCCCGGCCGCAGCCGCUUUCUUCACUCGAGCGCUGCGCCUUCGGACGCGGCAGAACUUCGUCCGUCCGCCCGCGCCGGUUCGUCCGCUCCCCUCCACCGAUGAGAGCCCCGCGCGGGACCGGGCUGGCCUCGCCUCUCCUCUCCUCUCCCGCUCCGCCCUCCAACUCCCGCUUUGUAAAAGUUUGAUUUCGCCCGGGUAGAGCUAUGAAUCACACGGCGCUGAACCAGACAGAGAGCGGGCUGUUCGGCAGCAACAAGACGGGCGAGUUCUUCUGCUGCAACUUCUCCUCCGUGGUGACGGACAACGGCUUCGUGGCGGCCGCUCCGGACGAGAGGAGCCUCUUCAUCAUGAGGGUGGUCCAGAUCGCCGUCAUGUGCGUGCUGUCCCUCACCGUGGUGUUUGGCAUCUUUUUCUUGGGCUGCAACCUCCUCAUCAAGUCGGAGGGGAUGAUCAACUUUUUGGUAACGGACAGGAGACCGUCCAAAGAGGCGGACGUGGUGGUUGUGGGGGCUUACUAAUAGAAAAAAGAGGCGGACAUUCAAACUUGGUUUCUGGGAUGGAGAAGAUGGAGAUGCGAGCAGAGAUCCAGAGAUGCGCGUAAAGAUCCAGAGAUACGCGUAAAGAUUCGAAGAUGCGCGUAAAGAACCAGAGAUGCGCGUAAAGAUCCAAAGCCUUCAUGAGAUGAAGCUGCUGAGGCUCACAAGUGUUUGCUUCACUUUUUCUGGCUUUUUUGCCAACGAUGAUGAAACAUUUUGUAUAUAAAUGAAUUAUUUAACCAAAUUAUGUACAUAAAAAAAGAAAAUCAGUUGUAGCACUUUAGUCAAGCAGCAGUAUCUGUUUUCAAUGGUUUUUCCUGAUGAUAAAUGUGUAACAUUUUUAAUGAAAAUAAAUGGUUUUCCUCUUAACCCAAGUUUA